AUGAGCCGCCACAUCGGGGGAGCUGUCAACUACGUUGCUGUUUCUGAAGCUCAUGAGGUUUCUCCGUCAGUGCUGGCAGCCGGGCUGGCCGCCGACAACAUCAUCAGCGCACUCUACUUCACAAGCAUCUUCGCAAUAGCUGCGAGGAUCCCCGCGGAAGACCAUUCAGUCGGAGACGAUGCUGCUGGGGGUGACAGUGUCAAGCAGAAGCAGCAGCACCACCACCACCAGUUACCACUACCACCCGUUGUGCACAGUGCCGUGCCCAUGGCGGCGGCAUUCGCCAUAUGCAGGGCAGGCAAGCUGGCGACGACCGUGCUUGGCGUUCCGGGGGGAAGCCUUCCCUGCAUAACAGCAAUCGUGGUGGCUUUGGUAACACUGUUGCCCUCUCACCUUGGCGACCUGGCGCCGUCGGCGGAGCCCAUGGCCGUCAUUCUGAUGCAGGUGUUCUUCGCUGUUGUGGGAGCCAAUGGAAGCAUCGGCAAUGUCAUCAACACCAGCCCUAGCAUCUUUGCGUUCGCCUCGGUGCAGAUCGCGGUGCACCUCCUGGUCACCCUUGGCAUCGGGAACCUGCUCGGCCUCCACACCAUGCUGCUGCUCAUAGCGUCCAAUGCCAACGUGGGCGGCCCCACCACGGUCUGCGGCAUGGCCACCGCCAAGGGAUGGACCUCUCUGGUGGUUCCAGGAAUCCUUGCGGGCAUCUUUGGGAUCGCCAUCGCCACCUUCAUGGGGAUCGCUUUCGGUCUGCUUGUCCUCAAACACAUGGCAUGA